GCUCGGCAGCCGCACACAAACAGGACCCAGGUAAAUCUGCUGCAGGUGAGCCCCGGCGGCUCCCCCUCCGUGUCACGCUGGUCAGACUGUAUGUCACCGUCAUCAAAGGGGCUGUGCGCUGAAACCUGAAAAACCAAACGGACCUGUCUGUAGGUGUUACUUAUAUCACAAAGCUGCAGGUGCCUUCAGCCUCACUGGCCUUCGCUGCUAGGAGCUGCUUCCCUCCGAGCCCUCCCUUGGGACCUAACUCAACCCGACAGCAGCAGGAUUGUUAGCCUCUCUCCUCACAGUGAUGUUGGACUCAGUAACCCACAGCGCCUUCCUACCCAACGCGUCCUUCUGUGACCCCCUGAUGUCGUGGACAGACUUGUUUGGGACUGAAGAAUACUACCCUGGCUUUGAACAUCAAACAGCCUGUGACUCCUACUGGACAUCUGUCCCUCCAGAGUACUGGACGAAGCGCCACGUGUGGGAGUGGCUUCAGUUCUGCUGUGACCAGUACAAGUUGGAUGCCAACUCCAUUUCCUUCUGCCAUUUCAACAUCAAUGGACUUCAGCUGUGUAGCAUGAGCCAGGAGGAGUUUGUGGACGCAGCUGGGGUCUGCGGGGAGUGUCUGUACUUCAUUCUCCAAAACAUCCGCACGCAAGGCUAUUCCUUUUUUAAUGAUGUUGAUGAAACCAAGGCCUCAAUCAAAGACUCUGCUGACUCAUCGUGUUUAAAAGUUGGAAGCAUAAAAAGUCAAGAGAGCCAUAACCACGGCAGAUCAAGCCUCCAGAGUUCUCAUCUGUGGGAAUUUGUGAGAGACCUCCUUCUGUCUCCUGAAGAGAAUUGUGGCAUUUUGGAAUGGGAGGAUCGGGAGCAGGGUAUUUUUCGGGUGGUGAAAUCAGAAGCCCUAGCCAAGAUGUGGGGACAAAGGAAGAAAAAUGAUCGGAUGACCUAUGAAAAGCUGAGCAGAGCCCUGAGAUACUACUACAAAACAGGAAUUUUGGAACGGGUGGACAGAAGGUUAGUGUACAAAUUUGGGAAAAAUGCACACGGUUGGCAGGAAGACAAGCUAUGACCGGCAUCAUUCAUCCGGCUCACUUUAUGGAUUUUUCCCCCUUUAAAAAGAUCACCUUGUGAAAGACAUCUGAAAGUCUCUCUCUCUCUCUCUCUCUCUCUCUUUUUUUUUUACCUGAAUACAUUCCGGUGAAAUUUCUCCAUAGUACAGUUUCCAUCUGGAUUGACAGGUUGUUGACUGUUUUGAAUUGUAGCCACUAGGCUAUUUGAAAUCUAAUUCGAAGGGGAGGGAUGAUUUGGGGGAGUAUAAAUUUAUUUUGCAAGAGUUGACUCCUAUGAUUCAAUCAAGCACCAUUUUUAACUAUCAAGAUUCUUCAGAGCAAGAAAGACAACCAGAACGCCUGGCUCAAAGCCCCAAUUUAGAGUGGGGGUAAGUCAGGGUUUUUACCCAGGCUGCUGAAAUUUCUAAGGGGCUGAAAAGGGCUAACCUCCCCACCCUGAUGCGUUGGUCAUACCCCAAGUGGGCUCCUCCCCACCCAGCCUCAAUAGUGGCCUCAUCCUGAAGCGUUUACUCCCCAAGUAUCCACCCCAUUCCCCAGGCUUCCUCAUCAACCCCAUCUCCUUAGCAAUGGCCAGUCUUUUAGCAAUGCACACUCCUUCCCUCCUGGCAGCUGUACCCCCAGGGAGCUCUUUCCUCCACCCCACCCCAUUCUAAAAAUUCCUAGUUCGAUUUAGCCCCUGGCCACUUACUUACUUAUUUACUGCUCCUCUUCAGAAGGUUUCACUGUUAGCUCCCAGGCAGAUCCCAAAGAACUUAUAGUCUAAUUCAGUGACAAUGAACUACAGGUGAGAGUGAUUUAGUUUAAAUUUUCCAUGAUUGAAGUCAGCUGGGCAGUGCUCUAAAUCCGAAUGACUUGAUGGAAAGACAAGUCAGAAGACUUGACCACUUCUUAUCCUUGAGAUGUCAGCCAUGUCAUAUUUCUCUGAGCCUCAGUUUCCUCAUCUGUAAAAUGUGGAUUGUCAGACUUUGCCUGCCUACCUCACAGGGUUGUUGUGAGGACCCAAUGGGUUUGUGCAGAUAAAGUACUUUGUCUCCUCAAAGUGCUAUGUGAACAUCAGCUAUUGUUAUUAUUACGUCAGAUAAUUUUCCUACCUGAAAAAUAAAUUUUACAAAAAUUCAGCUUUAGCCACAAAUCCAGGACACAAACUAAAUUUAGCAUAGAUGGUCAGUAGGGUUCUCAAUCAUCAUUCCAGUCAUCGAGUAAACUUUUAAGCAUCUUUCUAAACAUAUUAGACCUUUACAAGUUGCUUCAUUAACAUUUGUUCGUGAGAUUUCCCCUUCUCCUCUCCAAUUUUGACUAGGAGAGGAACUAGGUUAUGCAAGGGGUUGAUGAACCGAAAAACACUUCUUUCCCCUCCUCCCCCUACCAAAUAAUCAUUGUUGUUCCCAAGACAAUCAAACUGGGAGAUCUCAAGUGCCGAAAGGGAAAAUUCUCUCUUUGAAUGUUUUUGUUAGCAAAAACGUCAAGCCUUUUCAUAACUGAAAAAGUCCUAUCAAUUAAGAGGCGAUAAUCAAAUGGUCAGCCAGUUUUAUUCAGUUUAACUACCUGAGUCACCUCCCUCCCCCAUCAUCUCAAAAGUCCAGCCGCCAUAUCAAAAAUGUGAAAGUGAAGGAAUACUGUCUCAACAAACUUCAGUGAGGUCAAGUCUGCACUGACAGAUUCUCACUCAUCAUCGGUGACCCACAACUGGAGUGGUUUGUUACCGCGCCUUCUGGUUACCAAGCCGAAGGAGGGAGGCAUCUCAGAGCCGUGAUGUAUGUCAAAAACCACUGUGGUCAAAAGAUUAACCUCAAAAACUAAUAUGUGUAAAAGAAGAAUGUGAAUAACUGUAAAAUAAUCUAUUUUUGGAUUCAUUUUUUUCCCCAGGUGGAUACAGUUUGUAAACAAUGUGAAUAAAAUAUUUAAUGUGAAAA